GUUUUCUAAACCUAAAGCUAUGGCGGAGCUCAGCGGAAGCGGUAAGCGUUUCGCACAGUUCCCAUCUGUGGUUACAGAGAAAAGAAGGAAGGUCAUGGAUGAGUUCGAGGAAGCUUGGGCAUUCUCCGUGAGAUUGGAGGAAUGUUUUGGGCAUCUGACAAUGGAGAGCUUAACGAGCAACGAAACGUGGUGCCGGCUGUUGGCUCCGGACAUGAGUAGAAAUUUGGGAGAGUUUGAUUACAUGGGUCGACAGGUGACGAAGGAUCUCAUAGAUUUCGUAUUUCUUAGCGACAGGGAUGAUCAUCCCAGGCUGCGGCUGCCCUUUGCGAAACCUAAGUACAUCACAGGGACACCCGGGUUUGGCAAAACUGUCAGCAUUUGUGCUGGAGUGGGCUUUCUGCUUGUCAAGUCGCACUUGGCAAUCAAGGCCAAACAGCUCAAGGAAACGGAAGGGUUACCACAGAGUGAAGAGAUCAAGCCAGAGGUUACCGUCAAUGUCCCAAGCAACUUGUUGGACGUUCGCGUGAUUCCGCUAGACAUGGGGGCACCGGGUGAACAGGAGAUACCACCAAACAUUACCAGCAAGCAACCAGAGAUUACCAGCAAAGGUGAAGCGAACCAGCUUGCUAAGAGGGAAACGAAGAUGCCAGAUCUUGCGACAUGCCGGUUCUUACUUCUGGCUGGAAACUAUUUCGUGAAGGAUCCGGUGCGAGCAGUAUACAAAGCCUUGGUUUUGGCCUAUAUCCACGAGCCGGCUGUUCACAAGCGACUGAUAGCUGCGAACGAGGACGCCCCAAAGAUGCUUCAUUUCCUACGUACACGGGGGGAGAAAAUCUUCAUUUUCAUUGACGAUGGAAAUGCGAUGGAUGUGAGCAAGGACGAUUCACCGUCUGUAAGCAAUCAGAAGAUGGCUGCACGCGACUUUAUCGAUGAAAUCCCUCUCGAGUGCACCACAGUCAUCUGUGCCUCUGUGAGGAGCUCCUUGAGGAAAGAGAUUUCAAAAACUCCUGAAGUAGAAUUCCACACUUGCGUGGGGGGAUUUAACUUCACGGAGCUCGGAGUUUACUUGAAACGUCAGGGCAUGAGUUUUGAAGAGCUGGACUACAGAUUGACUGGCACAGUGCCUUGGCUGGUUGAUUACUGGAUCCAUUUAAAGAAGGGGCGCCUUUCAAGCAAGUACCUGUUGGGCGAGAAUGUAAAGGGACUUGAGAAGUCGCUGCUUGAAGUCAUCCGGAGGCCGGUCAACAACAGUGAUGGACGAUGGACUCGGAACGAGCUCCUUAAGGCUAUUGCAGGGAGACGCAUCUCUGUUCUAUCCGAGGCCAUGGACUCCAGGUGUUACUAUCGCGGUGCUGAUGGCAAAGGUCACUGUCUGACGCAGCAUUUGCAGACGCUUGCUCAUGUUUGGCUAGCUCAAGAGCUAAGCAGGAAGCAGGACCGCGACAUGGAAGCAGAAGUUCGCUACUUCACGCAGGGUAUCUCAGAAAGCAGGAACAUGUGCACCAUUGGGUGGAACGCUGAGGAAGCCACAAUACUUGCCCUGAAGCUUCUCAACGUCGACAUAACAGGGGCCAAUGUGACACUGAGUCACCAUCUCCAGGUUGUGCCCGUUAACAAGAUGACGCGAUCCAUGGUCAGCUUGAAAAAGGUGAGUAGAAGUCCGACGCUCUUUGUGAACCAGAACUACAAUCACAUUGGAGCCGAUGUGUAUUAUGCCGACCAGCAGGUGCUCAUCGUCUUCCAGAUAAGCGUUGCUAAAGAUGCCGUGAAGCUUCAUCGUCACACCAAAGAAGUCGCAGAAAAGAUCUUUGAAGGGGAUUCCAGAAGAAAGGUUCUCGUCUGGGUUCUUUCCGACCUUGAAGAAUCCGCUUACGUCCCUGAGGAUAAGGAAGCAGACUACGAGGAAGUGUUCACGCUAUUCGGAGAUUUGCACUACGCGUUGAGCUCUAUUGAUGAGCGGGUCAAAGAACUGAGAGGCAAAGUGGACAUGUUUUGUCGACAAUGUGGCAAAGACAAGACUCCGGAGGAAGUGCUUUGCAGCUUCUGCAACAGUUGGUACCACGUGGGAUGUACAAGCUACAGAAACGAGGAGGUCUGGAUAUGUGAUGAUUGCAAAGUCGGCCAUGGACUGGAAGUCAAGGAAGAUGAUGAGGACGACUUUGCAUGGGGGACAAGAUGAAGACACAGAGAUGGAGGAUGACGCUUGAAUUUCUUGUGAAGUCGUUUGAUAGUUACAGUUUUUCUUUCUUGAGCUUGACAGCAUAUGCCCGAGUCUCACGCCCCAAGGAUUUGAAAGUAUAUGGACCUCCAGCUUUGAAAACUGCAAUCAGGUGAAUACAUAGAUAACAGCAUGGUAGUGGUGCCGAACUCGGUUUUGUUGUCGCUAGUUGUUGGUUGAACUACCGUACUUAUGUCGUGCAUUGACAAAGUUGUCGGGAGGCUCUCGUUGGUACAACAGCUACUGUUUUUGCCAACACUGAAUGCCCAACUAGGUUUGCAUGGGGGUGUACGUUUAUGCCCGAGGUGAAGGUUUUAGGCAUUGCUUGUUGAACCUCUGCAAUGAGUUGAGGCUUGUGGUUGGACGUAGACAAUAAAAAUAAAAAAUUAAA